AUGAAGCUCGCUCUUCUUCUUUCCACCGUGACCGCUGUUUCAGCCUGGUCAGUAACAUUCCACGACCACGACCAAUGCGCCGGCGGUUCGACAUUCCACUACGGUGGUGGCUCCAACACGGGAACCGAACAUCUCGCCCAGUGCUUCACCAUGACGAGCAUCAACAGGAGCUUUGCCAACUAUGACGCAAAGAGCGUCAACAUUGUCUUUGGAGGCUGCACGAUUGAUAUUUUCACCGACAGGCUUACACGGCCCGGGCUUGCAGGCUGCGUGGCGUCCAUCAGCAAUCCUACCAACUGGCAGCGUAUCAAUCAGGUCCAGGAUGGAUGCGUUCAACCAAGUACGUUAAGGCAUGCUAAGAGAACUACAUGUUUCAAGCUUUUAGACUACUUCUCUGCCCAGCAACUAAGAAAGAAGUUAUUGAAAGACUGGAGUGAAUUAUUUUCGUCUUUGAGUAACUUUUACGCUUUGAACGUCCCUUGGAGCUUUGCAUCACCUCAGACUGAUUGUUCUGGCUAA